AUGUCUACAAUUACUCGAUCCGACCGACUGGCCAAAUACUUUGAAGCCGUAAUAUCUGGGAAACAAGAAGUUCGAGAUCUCAGCAACUUCAAGAAGCUCAUAGAAGCAAUUUUGGACACAAAGGAUUCCUGUAUGGCUGUUGAGAAACUGAGCACCAGUCAAAACGCUCUGAAUGGACUUCGAAAUGGCUUGAGGUUCAAUCUCACACCGGACUUCAUCAACAAUUAUACAUCGAACUUCAUCGAUGUUUUGAGCAGCCCCAAGAUCAAGCUCUUAUGCAAUGGCCUCUGGCUCGAACAACUUCUUCUAAUAAUCUUGGAGCCCCGAACACUUUGGAACUCGCUUCUGGAUGCAUUUUUUACCCGCAGGCUGGAUGAAAAUGCCAUCCACGCUUUCUGUUGGUUGACAGCAGAGCUCCUGUCAUUACCAGCGUCAUCCAUGGUAGAUAUAAUGACUGAUGCUCAAACUAUCUUGAGUGACGGGUAUCUUCUUUCGUCAUCUUCAGUUUCACUACGCAAUCUGGGUCAUAAGAUAAAGCAUCUCCUGGACAUGAAAUCUUCCUCAUCCACUCUUCUCGCAUGCGAAGAUACAGCAGGCGGUCGCCAUGAUAAUGAUUUCGCUGACUUCCGUCUAACUGCUAUUCUUCCCACAACAGAUGAGAUGGGUUGUUCGGAGAAACCUUUCUAUCGACGCGUGGACGACAUCACUCAGCUCUCUGGUAGCCAACGCAUCGCGGCGCAUGUAGACAAUCAAUUUCGGCUUUUGCGCGAAGAUAUGUUGUCGGCGCUCCGGGAUGACCUUCAGGCUGCAACAGACCCGAAAAAGGGACGACGAUCUGCUUUACGCCUCCGAGGGCUGUCUUUGGCUCGUAUCUCCUGCGUCGCAGCGAAUCUGAAACACCUCCGCCCAUGCACUGUCGGCGUAACUGCCAAGUCAGGUCUGGAAAGGCCGAGAGGUGUUUCCAGAGAGAAAUUCAAAGACUAUCUCAAAAACACUCCGCAAUUUGUCAAACACCGCGCCUUUGGGUGUUUUGUGAGGAACACAGAGAUUGUGGCGUUUGCUACGAUUGAAAGAAACAUUGAAGAUUUGAUAUCUACCCCGCCAGUAGUCAUGUUACGAAUUACAGGAGCAGAGGCAAUGAAAAAGUCCAUUCUCUUUCUCAAGAUUUAUGACGACGUCGAGUUCGUGGUGGUUAAUACAGCGACCUUCGCUUACGAGCCAAUUCUGAGAUGUCUGCAAGAGCGAGUUGAGUUCCCUCUCACCGAGGAAUUGUUUCUAUACGAAAAAGACGAGCCAGUCAGGAACUCUGCCUUGGCACCUUUGGAUGUGAUCAAUGAGUUGCAUGAAGCAUACCGACCAAAUAUUCAGAGCAUUCUGAAAACGACGAAGCCAGUUACAUUAGACACGUCUCAACGUGAGUCCCUGUUGGCAGGAUUGUCUCAAAGGGUCAGUUUGAUCCAAGGACCCCCAGGUACCGGAAAGUCAUUCAUAGGAGCACUUUUGGCCAAAGCCCUUCACGAACACGCCGAUGAUAAGAUAUUGGUGAUGUGCUACACAAAUCACGCUUUAGAUCAAUUCUUGGAAGAUUUACUUGACAUUGGCAUUGACCCUUCUGCUAUUGUUAGAUUGGGAUCCAAGUCAACGUCGCGAACAGAGCCACUAACUCUCAAAGAACAAAAUGCAAGCAAAUCAAGACCACAGUCGAUCUGGAACACCAUCGAUGCACUCGAAAGCCAGGGCCAGGAGCAUCGAAUGAUCAUCGAAACCUCAUUUGCAGCAUACCAGAUCCUGUCAGCAGAUUCGUCGGCCAUUUUAGACUAUCUGGAAUUUGAAGAGCCCGAUUACUUCGAAGCCCUUACUAUACCCGAGAGUGUUGAUGGUAUGAGUGUGGUGGACAAGGAUGGAAAAGCAAUUAAAAAGGGCUAUCUCUACGACCGGUGGAUCAGAGGACAGUCUUCAAAGCCAUUGACUGAGUGUUUACCAGCUCAAAGCCACGGAAUAUGGAAACUGGAACAGAGAAUCCGCGAUGAGAAGAUUCAGUCGUGGAAGCGAGCUCUGAUAAAUGAACAAGCUGCAUCUCUCGCAGUACAGAUGGACUUACUCGACAAAUGUCACGAUAAGCUAUCUGCAACCUUGGGGGAGAAGACACGUGAGAUCCUGAAAAGAAAAAAGAUCAUAGGAUGUACGACAACGGCUGCAGCAAUGCAUGCUGAGGAUCUUAAGCAUGCAUCACCCGGCAUCGUGCUACUGGAGGAGGCGGGCGAGAUUCUCGAAUCUCAUGUUCUUACUGCAAUAUCACCGGAUACGAAACACUUGAUAUUGAUCGGGGAUCACUUGCAACUCCGGCCAAAGAUCAGUAGCUAUGCACUUAGCACGGAAAAGGGAGAUGGUUAUGACCUGAACGUGUCUCUGUUUGAAAGGCUUAUUCGUGCUGGGUAUCCACAUACAACCCUGCAGAAGCAGCAUCGAAUGUGCCCCGCGAUCUCAAGUCUUGUACGCUCUCUCACCUACCCUCUAUUAGAAGACGACGAGAAAACAAAAACUCGUCCUGAGCCACGAGGGUUAUCAGACCGCGUAAUCUUCUUCAAUCAUCAAAACCUCGAAGAAAGCUUUUCGCAGGUUUCUGAUCGACGAGAUGAAGGAGCAAAGCAGUCCAAGCAGAAUGUCUUCGAGGCAGAGAUUGUCUUAAAGAUCGUCAAAUAUCUUGGGCAGCAAGGUUACGGAACAGACAAGCUCGUCGUCCUCACGCCAUACCUCGGUCAACUUUCGCUUCUCCGCCAGAUUUUGAGCAAGCAAAAUGAUCCAGUACUGAAUGAUCUUGACUCUCAUGACCUUUUACAGGCAGGUCUGUUGUCGCAUGCGAGUGCCAAUCAUUCUAAGCGAAUGAUCAAGCUUUCUACAAUCGAUAACUACCAAGGAGAGGAAAGCGAAAUUGUAAUAGCGUCACUCACGCGAAGCAACAAAAGUGGCGAUAUAGGAUUCAUGGCUGCCCCAGAACGAUUGAACGUGCUUCUCUCUCGUGCCCGGAAUGUACUUAUCAUGGUAGGAAAUUCGGAGACAUUUGUUUCCAGUCGGAAAGGACAAAGGUCUUGGAAGUCCCUCAUUGAUCAGCUCAAAGCAAAUGGUCAUCUCUAUGACGGAUUGCCUGUCAAGUGCGAGCAGCACCCUGACAGGUCCGCUGUACUUCGGACCAAGGAGGACUUCGACAGAGAGACGCCAAAUGGUGGAUGCUCAGCACUGUGUGGUGUUAGACUAAGCUGCGGAGAACACGAAUGCCCAUUGAAAUGCCAUCAACUGAACGACCAUUCUAAGAUGAAGUGCACCAAGAUCAUCAAAUGGAAAUGUCCCCGUGGCCAUAUUUUGUCUUUGUCAUGCUCGGCAGUCAAGAGUUCUUGUCGUUCCUGUACCCAAGAAGAUAAAUUAAAGGAACGAAAGCAUGACCGGGAUGUGAAGCUCGAGGCAGAGCGACAAAGAAAACAAAUUUUAUACACUCAGGAACUCGCCGAAUUGCAAAGCGAAACUUCUCAUUUGAGACGUCUCAAGAGCGAUAAAUUGGAAGACGCAGAGCGAGCAAGAAUUCUUGAGCAGCAUCGCGAAGAAAUUAAGGAGCUGCAAAGCCCCCAAAGCUCAGCUGAAAGCACAGUGAGCACACAAAGCACCCGACAAACAUUGCCGAGACUAGUCGACCCACGGCCAAGAUCCCCUAGACCCCAAGAAGUUGGUAAUCAAGGAAUUCAACCUAUCGCUCAUAAUAAAGAGCCCAGGGUAAAGCCCAGCACCCGGGAGGUAAUGGCUAAGAAGCCUACCUCGAAGGCAAAAUCUGAUUGGGACUACCAAAAAUCGUACUUGAACUCUCGAAGCCAAGAAAUCGACGCUUUGAUAGAUAUGGUUGGACUGGAGUCCGUGAAAUCGACGUUCUUGACGAUCAAAGCCAAGGUUGAUACCGCAGUUAGGCAGAACGUCGAUUUGGGCCGCGAGAGGUUUGGAACUGUGCUUCUCGGCAAUCCCGGAACUGGCAAGACGACAGUCGCCAGACUCUACGCAAAAUUCUUAGCUUCAGUGGGAAUCAUUCCCGGACACAAAUUCAUCGAGACAACAGGGUCUAGACUUUCAAGCGAAGGCGUCUCGCAAUGCCAGAAGAUGAUUGAGCAGCUACUCAAAGAUGGCGGAGGAGUUGUUUUUAUUGACGAAGCUUAUCAAAUGGUACAGGGCAGCAAUUUUGGAGGCCGUCAAGUGCUUGACUUUCUUUUGGCUGAGUUUGAGAAUCUUACUGGCAAAGUUGUCUUCGUUCUCGCUGGAUAUCAACGCCCGAUGGAGGAUCUAUUUGCUUACAACGAUGGACUAAAGAGCCGUUUCCCUCAUGAGCUGAAAUUCGAGGAUUUUGACGACACAGAGCUGAUGAUGAUUAUUGAAAGUUGGAUUGAAAAGAAAUGGAAAAAGCAGAUGAAGGUUGAUGAUGGGCUAGGUGGACUUUAUUGUCGCAUUGUAGCCCGACGAAUUGGCCGUGGACGAGGUCGAGAGGGGUUCGCAAACGCAAGGGCUGUUGAAAAUGCCAUGUCAAAGGUCACGGAGCGACAAGCUCGGCGGCUGAUGCAACAGAGACGGCAGGGAGGUUCGCUGGUGGACGACUUCUUCCUUGACGGGGAGGACAUGAUCGGCCCAGAUCCUUCUCAAAGUCUCAAAUCAUCGACAGCGUGGCAGAAGCUGCAAAGCAUGAUUGGGUUAAACGAGGUCAAAAAAACUGUCGAAAGCCUAUUAGAGACGGUUCAAGAGAAUUAUCGUCGCGAGAUAGCCGAGCAACCUGUGGUUGGCUACAGUCUCAAUAAAGUCUUCCUUGGAAACCCUGGAACUGGCAAAACGUCGGUCGCAAAGUUAUAUGGUCAAAUUCUCGUGGACAUCGGGCUUCUAUGGAAUGGCGAAGUUGUUGUGAAGAACCCAUCCGACUUCAUUGGGAGCGUGAUUGGAGAGUCCGAGAAGAACACAAAAGCCAUCCUCGGAGCCACAUUGGGAAAGGUUCUUGUUAUAGACGAAGCCUACGGUCUCUUUGCCGGAGGAACUUCAGAUGGCACAGUGGCCAAAUCUGACCCAUACAGAAGUGCUGUUAUAGACACCAUAGUAGCUGAUGUCCAGAGCACACCAGGGGAUAAUCAGUGCGUUCUACUUUUGGGAUACAAGGACCAAAUGGAGCAAAUGUUCCAGAAUGUCAAUCCUGGUCUCAGUCGGCGUUUCCCAAUUGAUCAGGCCUUUGUUUUCGAAGACUUUACGGAACAUGAGUUGGAUCUGAUUCUUGACCUGAGACUGACCGAGCAGGGAUACGAAGUCACUAGUCAGGCUCGUCGAGUCAUUUUGGAGAUGCUUCAGCGAGCUCGGAAUCGACCACACUUUGGUAAUGCUGGAGAAAUUGAUAUUUUGCUCAACGCAGCGAAGAUGCAUCAUCAGAGGCGCAUUUCUUCGAAUAAACCCAAGAUUCGGGCUCCUGAUUCGAUUUUGGAUGCCGUUGACUUUGAUGACAACUUCGAUCGCGCGGAGAACAGCGAAAUCAGUGUUUCAAAAUUGUUUGAAGGGGUCGUGGGCUGUGAAGACAUUGUUGCCAAGCUUGAGGGAUAUCGGCAGCUGGUCAAAAGCCUCAAAAAGCUGAAUUUGGACCCCUGUGAACGAUUGCCAUUUAGAUUUUUGUUCCGAGGGCCCCCGGGGGCUGGAAAGACAAGCACGGCACGAAAGAUGGGACAGAUAUACUACAAUAUGGGACUGCUCGCUUCCAACGAGGUCAUCGAAGUUUCUGCUUCAGAGCUAGUAGGUCAAUAUGUCGGACAGACGGGCCCUAAAACCCAGAAAAUUCUAGAGCGUUGUCUUGGAAAAGUCCUCUUUAUAGACGAGGCAUAUCGUCUUGCUGAGGGUCACUUCGCCAAAGAGGCUAUAGAUGAGCUUGUGAACUGUAUCACAAACCUCAGAUUCGACCGGAAGUUGAUCGUCAUUCUUGCUGGCUAUGAUGCAGAUAUGAACCGCCUCAUGUCAAUCAACCUUGGCCUUACCAGUCGCUUCCCAGAUUCUCUCCAGUUCCGAUCUCUAUCUCCAAGAGAUUGUAUUCAAUUACUGGGUGAGCAGCUGGAAAGGAACAAGGAAGAUAUUCUCAGCAAGUCAAAAGUAAACUUCGAUAUCUCUUGUCUGUACCACUCAGAUUCCGAUUUUAAGAAGAGCUUGGCUGACGGAUUUGACGCCUUGUCCAAAACUGCAAGCUGGGCUAACGCUAGAGACGUUGAGACCUUGGUGAAAGCGAUUUUCUUGAAGACUAUGCAGCGACCAGAUUCUUUUAGCGGACCAAAUCUGGUAUUGAGCAGAGAGACUGUGAUGAAGGAGCUUUAUGACAUGAUCAAUGAGCGCCAGACUCGCGAGAACUUUCAGGCAAAAUGCUCCUCCCUGGACAUCAACUCGGGGGAGAAGCUACCGCUGCGUACCCAAUCUUCGAGUCCACCGGCAAAGAGCGUGGGAAAACAGAGUGUGAAAUCGAUUGUCAAGUCCGAUAUCAAAGUCGAUGCACAAGACCGCAGCAACCAAUGGACUUCUGUCCCAGGGCGCGACGCAGGUGUCACAGACGAGGAUUGGAAUCAGCUACAGAAAGGCAAAGCAGCUGCUGAGCAAAAUGAGAAAGGCUACUUGGCCAUGAUAGAGAAGGAAGAGCAACAACAAAAGGAGUUGCUGAGAUUGAAGGAAGCAGAGGAUAAGGCGACCCAGGCAGCGGAAGAGGCAAGACGGCAGCAGGAUGAGGAAUUAAGCAAACGCCUUGAACAAGAACGACUGCGACUUGAAUCGGAACGCAGGAAGGAGGAGGCGAUUGCAAGAGAACACGAGAUCAAGCGACAAGCCUUAGCUGACGCCCGCCGGAAGGAGCAGGCUGUUCAGGUAAAGCUUCGCAGCAUGGGAGUCUGUGUUCAAGGUUAUCGGUGGAUCAAAAACCACGGGGGCUACCGAUGUGGAGGAGGCAGUCAUUGGGUAUCAGACGCCGAACUUCAAUGA